AUGCAGCUUGGCUGGAUUCUAGGCCUUCCUACUGAACAAUACCAUGAUGUCACUCAGCUGGCAAAAAAAAAAAAAAGUUAUGUGUGUAUGAAUGAUGAACUAUCAUUGUGCCUGCCAUUUUCCCCCUCUUACCCCUACCCUACACACAUUUCUAGGCACACCAUGUUCCCAAACUUCAGAUCACUUGAGGGUUGAAACACUGGGAUCAAUUCAAGCAGUCAUCAAUCUUUCCAUCCCAGUAUCUCUAGCAAGACUUUUGACCUGGUUGUUCUGAGGAAGACCAGAGUGGUCAAGAUAGUGGCCCCUAACCCCAUUUAAGAGCUCAAAUAUAACUUUUCUCCGAUUAUAACCAAUAUGCUACAAAACACUGAAAGGGCUCUGAAGAUCACAACAUACAGUCAGGUCUUCACAGGGCAAAACACUUCUGCUGGUCUGUCACAAGUGACACCUCCUGAGGGGUGAACUGCAUGCUUACUUCAAGGUGAACAUCCCCAUUAAUCAAUUCUGCAAAAACAACACUCCUUCAGAAGCCUUCACCCGUGGCAGCUUUCAGGAAGGCCCAAAUUUGAAGCCCUUCCAAAAUCUGCAUGUCUGCCUGCAUGGAGACCAGAGGAUGGGCCAAGAGAGAUAACACUGCCUGAAUGGAUCCCCAGCUGUGAAGUUCCCCAGCUCCAGACAGGGCUGAUGGAGCUGCAGCAUUCCCUCUCUAUGACAGCAGCACAAAAACAUGUACAUGAUUCUGUAAAAGGAGAGAGAGAAAAUCCUCACAGAUAA